AUGGACUUCCGAGCAGCCGAGGCGACGAGGUACCAGCGGCAGUCUUCCGUCGGCCGCACCGGCGCUGAGGGCCUGACGACGCUCUCCGCCGGCCUCUCGCGUCUCCUCGCCGACAAGUACCCGAACACCAACCUGGUCUUCUCGCCGCUGUCCAUCUACACGGCUCUGGCGCUCGUGGCGGCCGGCGCCCGCGGUGCCACCCUGGACGAGAUCCUCCGCUUCCUUGGCGUGCAGUCCCGCGACGAGCUCAACAUGUUCGUCGCCGCGGCGAUAGACACCCUGCGUGACCGGUCCGGGUCUGGCGGCCCGCGUGUCACGUUCGCCUGCGGUGUUUGGACCGACCUGUCGUGCCGGCUCAAGCCUGAGUUCCGCGAGGCCAUGGUCGAUGGUGCAUACAUGGCCGAUGCAUCCAUAGUUGAUUUCCGUGGCGGCCCCAAUGGAGCAUGCCAGAUGAUCAACACGUGGGCAGCGCACGUCACCAAGGGCCUAAUCGAGAGUGUCCUCAACCCGGACUCGGUAACCCGAGACACCCGUAGCCGUAUCGUGCUCGGCAAUGCCGUGUACUUCAAGGGCAAGUGGGAUCAGCCCUUCCACAAGAGGGACACGCAUAACGCGCCCUUCCACCGGCUCGGCAACGUCGACCCGGUCAACGUGCCCUUCAUGCGAAGCUGGAAGAAGCAGUUUAUCGCUGUGCACGACGGUUUUAAGGUGCUCAAACUGCAGUACAAGAAGGAGCCUGCCCCAUUUUUUCCCGGUCGUGCUCCACUUGUUAAUCCUUAUGCUACUGCGUCUUCCCGACAUGACUCCAACAAUAGUCUGAACUUCACCUCCAACACACAGUUCUCCAUGUGCAUCUUCCUUCCGGACGCCAACGAUGGCUUACCAAGUGUUUUGGAGGCGUUCGCUUCACGUCCAGGCUUCGUGCACGAGCAUCUGCCUCAUCGAAAGGUUGAUGUUUGCGAUUUCUGCAUACCCAUGUUCAAGUUGUCCUUCCACCACAACGUUGUCGACAUCCUCAGAAAUCUAGGCCUUCAACUUCCAUUCAGCUCGGCAGCCGACCUGUCAAACAUGACGGAGGAGCACCAACUGCUCGUGAAUGAAGUCAUCCACAAGGCGGUUAUCGAGGUGAACGAGGAAGGCACCGAGGCUGCCGCUGUCAGCAUGCUUUGUAUGCAGGUUAUGGCAUGCGAGAGGACUCCCCCGGUUGACUUCGUCGCUGACCAUCCUUUCGCCUACUUCAUUGUGGAGGAGGAGAUAGGCGUCAUUGUCUUCGCCGGGCACGUCUUCGACCCCUCUUAG